GUGGCUAAGGUUUUGGUGUCUGAAUGGUUUUACAAGUUUGGUGUUCCUGCUCGGUUGCACUCCGAUCAGGGUUGUAACUUUGAGAGCUUGCUUAUCCAGCAGCUGUGUAACUUGUAUGGCAUUGUAAAAUCACGCACCACUCCUUACCAUCCAGAAGGAAAUGGCCAAUGUGAGCGCUUCAAUCGGAUGCUGCACAAUCUGUUAAGAACACUGCCUGUGUCCCAAAAAAGAGAUUGGCAUGCCUGUUUGCCCCAGGUUCUUUAUUGUUAUAAUACAACUCCUCACCAGUCUACUGGAGAGUCACCAUUUCUCUUAAUGUUUGGGCAGGAACCUAGAUUGCCCCUGGAUUUUCUUUUGGGUAGAGUUGAGAGUCCAGUUGGUGGUUCUGUCCAUGAGUGGGUUCAAGAACAUCAUGCUCGGUUGCAGGUAGCCUUUGAUGGGGCUAGAGAGCACCUGAAACAUGCUGCAGAUCGCCGAAGGCAGACUCAUGAUACUCAGGUGAAACAUCGGCCAUUAAAGGAAGGGCAACUUGUGUUUUUGCGUGACUUUACUGCUAGGGGGCCUUAUAAGACAAGGGACCGAUGGAGCUCUGUGAAGUACGAGGUAUUGAGGGCACCAAAGGACGGCGGCUCUGUUUACACCAUUGUGCCUCUGGAUGACCAGACUAAAGUAAGACAGGUGCACCGUACCAUGUUAAAACCUGUGGUUGGUGUUGUUCCUCCUGAUCACAUUUCUCCCCAUAACUUGCCUCCUGUAGAAAAGGGACUGUCUGAAGAUAGUGGCCCCUUUGAUUAUGAUCUGUUUGUUUGUGAACAGCAACCCCUUGUGGUUGCUUCUGCCUUACCUUCUGGUAGGUUGCUGCCUCAAACUCCAUCCCAGGAACUUGGGCCACCUUCUGAACCUGCUGCAUCUAUUGAACCCUCUACAUCUUUGGCUGUUCCAUCUACCAGCUGUGCUGACCCAAUGGCCCUACGUCACUCCAAACGUCCAAUUGCUGGUCAACAUACUAAUGUGCACCAUCUCCCACGGCCAGCAGGAGACAUUCAUCCUGGGGGCUCUUCUGCAUCUUUGUCAACUGUGUCAGCGUUGUUUAGACCUUGGAACUGAUUUUAUUAGUUUUGAAUCAGCCAUCGUCCGGUCGACGAUGCAAGAAGGGGGGGUAGAAUGUAGUGGUAUAGAAAUAUAUGUAUUGCUAAAUAAAUAGCUUUCAGGUGCGAGGUUCCGGUUGGGCAAAGUGGGCGUGGUAUAUAAGAAGCCGCUGCGCCCAAUCGAACACACAGGUCUUCCUCAAUCUUUGGCUGUGACUCGCGUCUCAGGGACUGACAGUCAAAAGGCAUAACAUCAGGUGCAUGCUGCUCUGAUCUUGUGGUGGCAAAACGCUACUGUGCGGCUCUCCUCCUCGUCGUCGGUUUGUGUGUGUGUGCACGCGUACAUGAGUUUGUCUGGAUUGGGAGGUAAGAAGUAACGCUCAUUGUUAAUGCCAAUUUGUUGCAGUUCUGUUACAUAGUGACUAACUUUUACAGGUCUCCCCAUAUUACCAUUGCUGCUCUGUUGAUAUCCCGGAUUUUGUGCAUCAUCAACCUCGGAUUGUGGUGGCGGCUACACGCCCUAAUUGAAGUGGUGUUUGGCGUGCGGCACCGGCGCGCUCAAUUCACCUCCUGUUGCGGCGUGGCCAGAGGG